AGCUCUCCUCCCAAACUCAGCAGUGCGAUAGCACCUCAGUACUGUAGAGGCUACACACCGCAGCGAAGUUACUCCUCUCCUUCUCUCUCUCUCUCUCUCUCUCUCUCUCUCUCUCUCUCUGCCACUUGCUUGACCAUUAAUUAUGCAAACGUUGCUAUCGCCGGCAGCUCGCGCCGGCUACUUCACGGCGGCGCCACCGCCAGCUGUCACGGCUCGGCCCUUAGCUUAUCAUCUCCCUCUUCGAUCAAUCUCCGACCGCCACGUGCCCAGCCACACUCUCUCUUCUUCUUCUUCUUCGUCUUUGUCUCUUCCUUCAUUUGCCGCUCCCAAUCACAGAGGAUCAAAGCUCUCCUUCACCACUGUAAGGGCUUCUUCUACUCCAAUUUCGCAGACAUUCACUUCCCCGAACGAUGAAUCCGAGAAGGCCAAGCUCCUCCAGGUAGCCAAAAGGUUAGAGAGCACAGCCAGGUACUUCAAGAGGUUGGGUGGUUUAGGGUUUUGGGGGCAGCUGGUGUGCACUGUUGUGGCCGCUGUGAUUCUUUCAUUUUCGGUUGUUAUAACUGGCAAGAUUUCGUCACCGCCUACUUUUUAUGCCACUGCCGGUGGGAUUGUGGCGGCAUUCAUUUCUGUGUUCUGGUCAUUCGGGUACAUUCGCCUCUCUGAUAAGCUUCGAAGAACCGCAAGUGACCCUGCAAAGGCUCCUCCUCGUGCUGAUGUUAUAAGGAGCUUAAAGAAUGGCAUAAUACUGAACCUGUUGGGUAUGGGUGCUUCUGUUCUUGGCAUGCAAGCCACAGUGGGACUGCUGGUUGCUAAGGCUCUUACUUCCUCAGCAAAUCCAUAUUACCAGGGUCUCUCUCCUGGUUACAGUCCCGUUCUUGCCUUGGAUGUAUUCUUAGUGCAGGCAGCGGCUAACACCAUCCUUUCUCAUUUCCUGGGACUUGUUUUCUCAUUAGAGCUGUUGCGCUCAGUGACAUUGCCACCUUCAGAAGGCAUUCCCAUUCCUAGGAUCGCAUAAGUUCUGACUCUCUAUCUUUUUAGCAUGGUGUGUCUUGCUAAAAAUGCUUUGAGGCCAUGAUUUUUUAAGUGUUUUCUCUUCUCCAUGAUGUUAUACAACGAACUCGGUUCUGUAUCAUAUUAGCAGAUUUUGCUGCUUUUUUCCAAUUGCAUUUUUAUGUGAUUACAAAUACCAUGGUAA